AUGGCUUCUGAAGAUUGGACUACUGUAUAUUCAGCACUGGAUGUGGAUGAGAAAGUAUCAGCUUAUAACUCCAUUAUAAUCAAGAUGCUUGACGAGUUCUUACCUGAAAAAACCAUCAGAGUACAUCACUCUGAUAAACCGUGGAUCACUGGUAAUAUUAAAAUGCAAAUCAAAGCUCGUCAGAAGGCCUUUUCUCGUGGUGAUCAGCCACGAUACAAACAACUAUGCGAGAAAGUGGCAAAUCUUAUAGCUAAAGCUAAAGCCACCUACUAUCGGUCCAAGGCCUCAGAAUUUCGUACCUCGAAUCAAUCGAAGUGGUAUAACUGUAUCCACUCUUUAGUAAAUGCCGAAAACACAACCCACACCCAAUUUCCACACGGGCCCGAAAACCUAGACUUAUCCGACUUAGCUGAAAAACUUCAGAAAGCCUUCACUAAACCAUGGUCGGACCGUUACACGAAUGUCGCCUUUGAAAUACCUGAAGUGAACCACCCACAUAAGAAUAACAAACCACCCCUUCCUUCUAUUGGUCAAGUUAAAGCGGUCUUAAAACAUCUUAAUCCAAGAAAAGCAACUGGCAUCGAUAAGGUUCCUGCAUGGAUGCUCAAACAAUACCACAAAGAUCUAGCUCCUGUGGUUUAUGACAUUGUGUGCUGUAGUAUAAGUCAAUGUUGUUAUCCAUCACUCUACAAACAUGCCCUAAUUUCCCCUGUUCCUAAAGUGCAACCGCCGAGAGACAUUAACAAUGAUUUCCGCCAGAUAUCAGUCUUACCCCAUCUUGCCAAGAUCCUGGAAAAGAUCCAGCUCCAGUUAAAUAUUGAAGACCUGAAAAUUAAGAAUAACCAGCACGCGUUUACUCAACAUCGAAGCACAGUCUCUGCGUUAAUAUCAACUACCCAAACCUGGUUUAAUGCCACUGAUUGUUCAAAAACAGGCAAAAUGGGGGUUCAUGCGGCCUUCAUUGACUUUCGUAAGGCCUUCGACCUUGUGGAUCACAAUAUUCUUUUGAACAAAUUAGCAGCUAUGAACAUAAAUAAACCCUUCUGGUUAUGGAUUAAAAGUUUCCUUUCCGGAAGAGUUCAACAAGUAAAUCUCAAUGGUACCUUAUCAUCCAUUGCAACAUGCCCGGCCGGAGUCCCGCAAGGCUCUGUAAUAUCUCCCAUUCUUUUUAAUACCUACAUUGAUGAUUUGGAGGACGCCUUACCAGAACAACUAAAAGUCAGUACGAAUAAGUAUGCAGAUGACUGCACACAACACCAAAUAGUGAGCGUAGAUUCUAAUAGUAAUUUACAACAAUCUAUCAAUGAAGUAAAUAACUGGGCGGUGUUAAAUAAAAUGGCAAUUAAUGCUAAAAAAACUAAGGACAUGUGGAUCUCUUUCACGGACGCUAUACCUGAACCACCACGUCUUCGUAUUGGAAAUGAGUUAAUAGAAAGGGUCAACGCUUUUAAAUUACUUGGCGUGUCGUUCCAAAAUAAUCUAAAAUGGAACGCACAUGUUGAAGAGAUUACACGUAAAGCAAAUAAACGCCUUUACCAUCUUAGAGAAUGCAGGAAAUCGCAGUUACCACCUGAAGUCGGUAUUAUUACCUAUCAAUCCAAAAUAAGACCAAUUCUCGAGUAUGCAUCACCUGUCUGGGCGGGACUCCCUAAUUACCUGCGAGAUGAAAUAGAGCGGGUUCAAUCCAGGAGCUUAAGAAUCCUUGGCCUGGAAAAAGAUUACCUACCACCGUUGAACGAAAGAAGGGAAGAGGCAACUAGUCGAGAAGUUGAUAGGUUUAUGAACGAUCCACACCAUCCCUGUCGCAGUGUUUUGCCAAAAUUAAUUAACAAUCAGUACAAUUUAAGGAACAUUGACCGGAAUCGCAAUAUAUCAUUCUUCUCAGGAACUGAAAGGCAUAAACAUUCAUUUUCAGGUAGAGCUUGUAAAUAUGUAUAAAUAGUUUUAACGUAUUAGAAGAACUUAUUAGAUUAAAGAAUUUAUUAGUUUUAACUUCUUAGUUAGUUUUCUAAAUUAUCUUACAACAAUUUGUAAUAUAAAGACAUAUCCGCAGCAUAUAUACUUUCUUAAACAAGUAAUUGUAAGUCCAUUGUACUUUUUUAUCUUAAGAUGGAUGAAUAAAGCUAUUAUUAUUAUUAUUAUUAUUAUUAUAUAUAUAUAUAUAUAUAUAUAUAUAUAUAUAUAUAUAUAUAUAUAUAUAUAUAUAUAUAUAUAUUUAGGCUAUAGGGAAGAGUCUUGAGAUUAUAAUUAUGCACAUUGAAUGUUUUUGACCGCAUCCAAAAGAAUAGCAAGUUGAAUAAUAUGCUACAUCAGGCUGCACUUGUGCAUUAUUUUUAAUCAUGUUGCAUUACGUAUGCAAUUGUAAAGAUUGUUCUAUUGGUCGUUGAGUUAAGCUUUCGAACAAUUCUGUUCAAUGAUAUUAUUCAAGUAAAAAUGAUUGCAUUGUUUCAUGACUUUCAUCUUCUCUUCUCGACACUUCACUUUCGCUAACUGAAUGCUGCGCUUAAUUGCAAUCCAGAGAAAAUCAAAAUACACGAUCUUGUUCAUAUUUACAAACACUUACGUUGUUCACCGAAUUUCUUUGCUAGUGAAGCAUUCAUCUUUCGACCAAAUCCAUGUCGAGAUCCAUGUCAUGUUCAAUGAUAUUAAUAUUAUACGAGAACAAAUGCAUGUUCAUUGAUAUUAUACGAGAACAAAGUACUGAGCUGUACCAGUGAUACAAAUGUUUGCAUAGUAUCUUAAUAAUGAACGGAAUGGACUUUUUCCUAUACAUUUUCGUAUUUUAUAAAUAGAACAAAAAACUACUUUGAUCUAAAUAUAAAAGCGUAAAAUUUAUGAGGCUGCUGUUUAACAGGAUUAAACAAUGUUUUGCUGCCCGUUGUUCACACUUGUCAACAAUAUUGAACAAUAUUAUUGAGCCUGAAUUGGGUGUAACAAUAUUGUUCAAUAUCGUUGAGAACUGUGAACAUGUGCGCAGCAAAACAUUGUUCAAUCCUGUUUGUUGCAACAAUUGUGUAAUUUGAUAUGAGUAAAUCAGCGGCAUGCUAUAUACUUCGUGUUGUAAAUUGUCAAAAAAUUGAUCACGUGGUUGCAUACUAUCGUCCUUCUCAAACUCCACGAUGGCAAAGCUGUACACUGGUAAAACCAGUAUAGGCAAAAACUUUGCAUUUCACUUAAUUUUAUAUACCAGAAUCAAAGUCUUUAACGUUAUUGGUUAAUACUGUAAUAGCGGUAGCCGUAUAUAUUAUUCCUCAAAAAAUAUUCUGUACGAUGACUGUUUCCUUUCUUUUUGUUACUUGAAUAAAAAAUUAUCUUAUCCUGUUUGUAACAUUUAUUGUUUUGAUGUAUGGCUAUCUAUUGACGAAAGUUUAUAAAAAAUAUUUUUAAAAUCUUGAAGUAAUGUAAAUUUGAGAAAGAAAAAUUUAAAGCCCUAAAAUGUUUGGGUAAACCGAAAAAAUAGCAUGACAUAUUUUUCAAGCUAUCUAUAUGUAUACAGUUGCCAGUUAAUUGAUAGGCCUAUAAACCUUGUUUAAUCUUUAGUAUUUAUCAAUUAAAAUUUCUUUUAUUAAUAAAGGUUGAUCCAUAUCCGUAAUUCUUUAGCUUUUCAAGCAUUUUUACAAAGGUUGAAAAUCACCAUCCUGUGGAUCUAACGCUAUUCAGCCUUCGUACAACCGGGCCCAGGUUUCUCACAUUAGCUACACGUCUAGCCAUGAGCAUAUCUGUCUAGUGUUUGAUAUACUUAUUUUAUGUUUAACAGGAUGUUGGUGAAUUUAAAAACUACAAGAUUUUUAUGUCGACUAUAUUCAAGCUGCUUGGUUCUAACUCAACCAUUGACGAAGAAGUGAAUCGCAUUGUUGAUUUGGAAAGAGAAUUUGAAGAUGUAUGGAUUUCUGACAAGAACCUUAAUUCCCACUUCUGCUUGUGUACUCUGUUGUCAUAGACUCAAUUUUCUUCUGUCAUACUGUUGCGGACACCGAAGAAAUACGUUGAUAAAAUUCAAUUAAAUUCAAAUUCAUUUAAUUUAAUUUAAUAGUUUUGCCUUGUUAUGUCACAGAACCCCAAGUUAUAUAGUUGGUUAUAUUUUUAGCCUGCAUAUAGCAUUGAGCCGCCGCGCCUGCCUCUUGGGGUUAGAUACUUGAUAUUAAUAAUAAAAGGAAGGAGACGUAACGCCUCAAAUAGCCCAGACUUGCAUACGGAGCUCAAAAAUUUUCCUCGAUUUUUCAACUUUAAAUGCAUUUUCAAAUAUAUACAUGCUCGGAAAUAUAUGUUCAAGCCGUCAGGAGCAUUAAGCCGUGGUGUGAUGGUAUCGCGAUUUUAAACUAUUUUAGAAAAUAAUUUAUGACAUAUUCUAUUUAUGGUUAAUCUCACAGAUUUUUGAUAUUCUGCAAGUAGUUUAUCAACGUCUAGUGAAAAUUUGAUAAAGGUUGGACCUACAUUGCGUUUUCAGUAAGGAUUUUACCCUGGGAGCCGCAACAGGUGUCCUGUAACCUUAAAUUUGUUUUUUCAAUCCCCCCUCCUCCUUAUUAGCAAUGUUUAUAUUUUGAAACUCAUGGUCAGUCAUGAUGCUCUGCCCACUACAUGCUAACACAUAAAAGUUGUAAAGUUUAAAUUUUUUCGUCCCAUAUUUCUCCAUAAGUUGGUAUAACCACUACAGCAAUACAGAACAAAAUACAGUAAAUGACAACAGACUACAAAAGCAGAAGUGUGUAUACAAUGUAUGUACAAAUAUACAAUAUGCGGAUUUUUAAAACCCAGUCAUUGGCCUUCAGUGUAUAUGUUAAUCAAUUUUCUAGCCAGUGGAUUGGCAAGAUUAUGGACACAAAUAGGAAUUGCCAGCACGAUGGCACCCCAAUCAUUGUUGCAGAACUUGCAGUGGAGAGUUUUUUGUAAUAUCGUAAAGGAUGGUUUAUCCUUUUGCAGGUCAAAGAAACGUUCGACCCGAGAGACGUAAAAAAUCUUAAAAAGAAUAUCAAAUUUAUGACACUUGAUGAGUUGAAUAAAUUCACUUCCGGCAAGGUAAGGUUUGCAACUAUAUGUAGUGAUAAAACACGUCCUACUUGUGUUUUGAUAUUCAUGCUCAUUUGCAUCCAUUGUUUUUCCAUUGUACCACACUUCAAAUCCCUCUUCGGAAAUUAGAAAUGUAGAGUGUUUUAUUAGGCACUCAUGUGUCUAAAGAAUCAUCUGAUUGGCCAAAAAGUCUAUAUUAAUGAGUAUUUUAAAUUCUAAUAAAGAUCAAAUUUUCACUCUACUAAUCUUUAACAGAAGCGAUGAAUAAAACACCAAUACACCAUUUUGAUACUUACGUUCCAAAUCUAUCCUUGGCUCGGGAGCCUCAUUCUCGUGAAUCCUGGACGACUUCAUGCAGCCUUUGAGAGUUUACCAUCUACGACGCGGCAAGAUCAACAACGCGCUUUCGAAACAAAGAAAUUUGUCAUGCAUGCAAGACAAAAACUGUGAAUAAUUUCUGGUCCCAAGGGUAUUCUCAACGGCUUUGUCAUUCUCAACACAAAUUAAACAAAGCAUUACCAUGUGUUUCAACUGCAACGUGAAAGCUUAUUGCGACCUAUAAGAGGUUAUUUAAAGUUGGCGAAAUUACAGCGAACAUUAGAUUGCUUUAGACGGACUUAACCUUUUGUAAGAUUAUUUGAAAGAGCUUAUUACAGUAAACAAAUUGCUUAGCGCUCUUUCUUGAGCUGAAAUUCAGACAGCGUCGUUGAGCCAGUCGCGUCGCAGAUCUUAAACUCUCUAAUUUAAGAGCAAGCAUAAUUAUUGCGUCAUAUUUCUGUGGACGAUUAUGAAGGCCCUUCAUUGUAAUUGCUUACGCAAAUUGGCAGCUCGUAUUCUACCUAUAUUCUAUAGUCAAAUUCACUGUACCAUAUCCUAUAAUCUAGGUUUACUUACCAUUCCUUAUAUUUCAAUUACCUCUUUCCAGUUUAAUUGGACAGUGUAUUUUGAGGAAAUACUUAAUGGCACAAAGAUAUCGAUUCCGUCAAACCUAAAAUUGAUGAUACUACUGCCCAAUAAUAUUAAAAAGAUUGUUGAUUGGAUUAAAGCAAAACCAAAGAGGUGAGCAGCAAACCAUGCAUGUACUGCAAACACCGUUAUAUGAUAAGCCUAUAGAUAUUCACGUUAUUUAGGUGUAUGAUACUAGUAUGGCGGUAUUGUUUUAAAAACUAACCGGUGUAUCAGUGCCCGGCUUUCUUAAGAGAUUUCUAUUGGGGCUGGAGACAAAGGCAAAAGAAAUUCUUUAAAAUAGGAAAAUGCGGGCCGACAGGUUCACUGAUCUCAAAAUUAUGGCUGUUUGCCAGGAGUGUGAUAAUCGUUUCAUACAAUGAGCUUUAAAGCAGUUUUGUUUGCAGAAAUGACAAUAAUUUAUUUGGUAUGAGAAAUCGUGAAAUAUGUUUAAUGUUUAUGAAUUCUGUUGUUUCAAUUUUUUGCCUAUAACUUGCAUUGCUUUCCUUUUAAUGAUAUAUACGCUAUGCGCUAAUUAAUAUGGAGAAAAAAAAAUUAUUUUACCGUGGGUUGAACCUUUGGCAAGUCAUAUUAGAUAAUUAUUGCAACGAUUUCCGUUUUGCUUAUUUCUCUGAAGGUUUGGGUUGUUAUAAAACUAUCGAGGCACCGCAGACUCAGGCAACCUAUGCGGCAAUUCGUGGAGUGGGUAAAAUGUUUCAAACAAUUUCGUUUGAAUUUUCAAGGAAUUGUACCUGUGUAGAUCACACAUUUGCUAAAAACUGUAACAGUAUAUGCCGUAUUGCGCUAUUUACUGCAAUAUUUUUCGAACAUCAGUAUAUUGAAAUUCCAAUAGCGCCCAAGUUUAUACCUAUAUAGCCUACAAUUAUCAUUAUUAUUAUUAUUAUUAUUAUUAUUAUUUAUUUAUUUUUUUAUUAUAUAUUAUUUAUACUGUUUAGCGGGCAUCGGAGUUCGUUUUCAGCCACGUCUGCAAUUUUUCAACUUUCGGAACUGAUAAAAAAUUGCAUGGCCUCGGCCAAAAUCUUAAUAUAUAAUCGAUGUCGAUCUACAUGUACAGAUAUAAUGUUUCACUAGUCUAAUUUAAUUUACUGAAUUUACUUUUUGACUAUUUUAGGGAAAUUUUGGCUACUUGUUAAGUUACCAAUCGGAAUCGAUCAACUGAUUUAGUCCUGUAACGCAUUUGCAUGCAAAAAACCCCGUUGACGCUAGACGGGACCAAAUUGAAACAACACGGAAAUCGCCGUACUAGCUUUAAGUUUUUAAUAUUUUAAUAAGAUCUCAGCAUUCUAUAAAAUCCUUCAGGAUCCUUUUUAGGAUUUCUGCCAAUCUACACUUCUAAUCUAUAUAGGAGUCAUUUUGACUCGCAAAUAUAGAUUACAGUGAAGAAAAAAGGUACAGAAUGAUUUUUUUUAGUUUAUUUUACUCUGGUGUUUUAACUCCUUUCUUGGAGUACAUUUUAAUCCGUUAUUGGAGUAAAAACUAUUCCUUGGAGAGCAGAAAUAACUACUCCUUUGGAGAUAAAAUACUGGAGUGAAAUUCACUCUAAAGAACAAGUCAUUCUGUACCUUGCAGUAAAAGUGACUCAUGCCCAAAAUUAAAGUGCGAAUCCCGUGUAUUGAUUUCGUCUUGUUUAUUUUAGUCUAUUAGCCAAUGAAAUAAUUUGGAAUGUUAUUCGUGGCUUGAUUAGUAACCUACCAGUGGCAUUUAGAGCAGCACAGGAUAAAUAUACACAACGUUAUACUCCCAGAUGGAGGAUAUGUAAUCUUUUAACAGACAAUUAUUUUACAUUCGCUACAACUCUACUGUAUGUGAAUAAACAUUUGCCAGAAGAUGCUAGGAAAACGGUAAGAUAUGUAUGUUGUCCAGUGUAUCUAGUAUUGCGCAAUGACGGCCACAUUGCACAUGGGAAGAGUUAUAAUUCUUGUAAUUUACGGCUUUUGGUGGGGAAAGAAACAUAUUGUCUAGUUCGCAACUGGGCAUCAAUCCAUAAUGGCUUCCUCUUUUCCUUCUGAAUUUGCCUCUGAAUAACUAACAAGCUGACCAUCUGACCAUCCAGCUUCAAUAUGACCAUCUCAACUCUCAAGUCUCGUUAGAACGAACUAAUAUUUGGGCAUCUACAUCUUUCACAGUACACAGGAAAAUCAUUUUGUCAAAAAAAAAAUGCACCCCAAAACUUGACCGAUUUAAAAACAUUUUCUAAUUAAUAUGAAUAUUCUGCAUAGGUUCAAAAAUAGCUCAUUUAAUUUCAACCGAAAGAUUUUCUAUCCACUAUUAUACAAUAUAGUCUAUAGAUAGUUGCGUGAUGAUUGGUUUGGAAUAUCCAGUGCAUGGAGACAGUUAUUGGUCGAAGCUAAAAGCUUAAGGCUUGAUAAUUUAGGAUAUAACACAAUCGAAUUCGAUAUUAUUUAUACACACUGUGUUGUUGUAUAAGUUCUAGUUGCAUAGUAGCCCAAAUACUGUCGUGCGCGAAACAUUGACACCAUUAUAAUAUUUAGGAUAAGCUCAGAUUUCGCGUAUAAUUGCGACUAUAAUACGUUGAAUUGUCUCAUUGUACUGAUUUAACAAUUUUAUAGGCGGCAGAGAUGUUUACAGAGAUAAAAGGUCAGUUCAUUGAUGGCUUGAAAGAACAAACAUGGAUGGAUCCUGGAACCCGCGCUCAGGCUCGUCUUAAGGUUAGUGGCACGAAGGUUAUCAAGUAGUGUUGUUUUUAGUUUAAGUUUCUAGUUUUGACCCCAUUGCCUAUGUUUUGAUUGCCUCAUCUUUUGAGAGUCAUAUUGAGGGUAGGAAAUUCCACUGCAUUAAUCAUCGCUUCGACUACAAUUCGGAGGGGGUGGUUUAUUUAGUUACUUAUAAGCAGUGGCGGAAAUUAACUUUUUCCGGUGGGGGGCGAAGCCUUCUAAAUUUCCGACAAAACUUUCAAAUUUCCGACAAUCCCCCCCCCAUUUUCACUCGAAAGCGCCGUUUUUAGCCCUUUUAAAAGUCAAAAUUUCCGAAAAUUCGUCAUUUUACACGAAGGCGGGGGGGGGGGCGGACGCCCCCCUGCCCCACCUAGAUUUCCGCCACUGCUUAUAAGGUAAGUGAGAUGCAAUAUUUGGGCUAUACUAUUACGUAGUUUAGAUUGAGAUUUAACAUUCACAAAAACUCUCUAAAUGGAUAUGUGCGAAGUAUACUAAAUAUUAGUGGUCAGCACUUGUAUGAGCAUUUUUUUGGGAGGGGCAUUCGGGUUUAAGUGACUUUUGGGUUCAAAUUAUUGAUAUAGUACUGAUGUUAUCAACCCUAAGGGAAAGUGAAAGUUAUUGGAUAGAGAAAGUUAACUGUUAUUGUCCAUUGCGAUUAAAAACAUGAGGGAGAAAAGUAAUUACCAUAUAGUUUAAUUGAUGUAAAUUUUGAGCAUAAAGGAUAUAAGACUAUAAAAACUGUGGACAAGGCCUUGUAAGGUAAUUUGAUCGUUUCAGAAGAAGGGGCUUGCCCCGAAACGUUAAUAAUUUUUUUUUUCUAUGUUACUUUGACUGUUUUUUUAUGUUAUGUUGUGUUAUUGUUGACUCCGUAAUAUGAUAAGUAGAAAAUGUUCUCGAGUCUGUAUUUCAUAAUUUCCAUACCCAGCGCAAGCAGAAAGAUAUUGAUAUUAUUAUUUAUUUUAUUCUUUUUAUUAUUUUAUUUAUUUAUUUAUUUUUUUUAUUUGCCGCGGCAGACAAUAUCUUUCUGGUUGCUCUGGGUAUGGAAAUUAUGAAAUACACACUCGAGAACAUUUUCUACUUUAAAACUCAAAGAAAAACAUGAAAAGUGGACAAUUGAAAUAUUGAAAACGUUUAGUCGGUACAAUUUGUAUGGGAUAUCACACUCAUACACUUUUUAGAAAGUAAUGAACAAGCUUGUUUGUCACAUAUGAGUGUUUUCGUUCAAUACAGCUGCAGAAAAUGACGGAUGUGAUUGGUUUUCCAUCGUUUAUUAAGGAUCCUGCGACACUGAACGCGGUUUAUGGACAUGUGAGUUUUGAAUCAGAACUAGUUGCAUGCAUAAUAUUCUACCGGAAGCUUAAUAAUUCGUUUUAGCUAGCAUACAUUAAGCAAAAUGCCAUCUGGUAUGUGGCAUAGCAAUAUGAGUAGUGAAAGACCCCACUAUGGGAGCGGAAGUAAUUAGUAUGCAAACCUGGAUGUCGAAAGUAAUUAGUAUUAAAAACUAUGGCGUCACUUUGCUUGGCAGGCCUGGGCCAAAUGUGACAGGUAGCGCGACCAAUUAACGCGGGCAAGCCUGGGCCAAACACAACAAGGUAACGCAAUCAAUUAGCAUCGCAAUACAGUAGCAUCACUAUAAAUACAGCUAGUGUCCUUUCACCUGCAUAGUCUGUAUUCAACACUCACGAUGGAAUGUUUUCACGGUAAAUCAGCUGCUUGUUCUACAAUUGUUCGUGAUAUGUUUUUUUAUGGCGAAACACCGAGCUGCGAGUUCUUUUGCCAUGACGAAGACUGUUAUCUGCUUACAAGAGCGAGGAAGCCUGUCAAAAUAGUGAUUCCAAUCAUCUCAUUUGCCCAACACAUCAGAAACUAGCCAAAUUACGUGUGGUAAAAGAUAAAAUGAAAGAUAAUUAUGGAAGACACUUCUUCACGUGCUCUGAUCGACAUGAUCCUUGAAACUUUUGGCAAUGGGGAGACAUUUACGAAAGCCCUGGACCACGUUGCAAGCACGGGAUGGUAUAUGCACCGUACGUAAAGUGAAGAAAGACGGACCCACCCAGAACCGCUUGUUUUACUGUUGCUCUCAGAUAGACAGCUGUGGAUUUUUCCAAUGAAAAGAGAUCGAGCCUCGUGUGACCGAGACGAGCUUCGUCCUAUUCAGUGAUCCGCUACAAUAUCGAUACAAGAAUGAAAACACUGGAGUGAAACAUUCACUAGUACUAACAUUAAUGCUAAGGAAGCGUAUGAAGAAUUUCUUAAGAAAUAUGAAUAACUGUAAUAAAACGAAAUAAAUUGUUUUUAUCAUCAUGAAUGUGUUCUCUUUAUUCCUGUGAUAAAUCACUUACAUUUCCCAUUUGGGUUUUAACCUUUAUGGUGAGAGGUUCUCUGAUGAGAUGAAUAAUAUAAAUAUAUUUUUUGACGAGUUGAGACAAAAUGAAAUCGAUAUCGAUAAGCAGACUUUAUCGUUUCAUAUAAAUGCAAUUCUUGAUCACCAUCUAGAUCUAUAUCGUGAAAUGAGUGCUCAUAGACUAAACCUUGACCAAGUCUACAGAGAAAUAAAUAUGACAAACUUUGGUCGCAUUUUUGCCUAUUUAGCUUUAGUUUGUAUGCAAAAUGACAGUGAGGAAAGCGUUCGAGAACAUGUCCGAAAAACUAUCGAGGCCUUUCCAACUUUUCAUAUCCCAAAGGCGAAAAGGAAUAAUAAACCACCAAUUUUAAUAACGCUCUCACUUACACUAAUAGCUUGAUAUGUUAGUCUAUGAUUGCUGCAUGGUUCAUUUCGUUCUAACCUCUGAGGUGAAAGGAUGCCCUGUUGUGGUAAAAGUCUUCCAGAUCAGAAAUUUCCCUCCGAGAUAUCUUUCGGAAAGUGCGUUGUAUUUCCGCGUGCUGUGGAGGGACAAUUGUAAUUCAAGCUUCACACAUUGAUGGCAGAAAAGUACCUGAGCCAAAUCUAUUACAAUGCAGAAAGUCCCGCAAGUUUUGGUGGCGUAGAUUCAAUUUACUGUGCCGUAAAAGACGAAGGCAAACAUCAGAUAUCGCGGAAUAAAAUACGGCUAUGGCUACAAAAGCAAGACAAGUAUACUUUACAUAAACCUGUAAGAUAUCGUUUCAAACGGAACCGUGUCAUUGUAGGCGCAAUUGACGAGCAAUGGGAGUCGGAUCUUGUGAUUAUGGACUCGAUAAGCAAAUACACUAAUGGCUUUAAGUACAUUUUAACUGCAAUUGAUGUACUUAGCAAAUAUGCGUGGGCUAAACCGAUAGAAACAAAGACUGUAGAAAAUCUUGUUAAAGCCUUUGAGAAAAUACUUAAAAAGGGUCGAAAGCCUAAAACUUUUCACACCGACAGAGGGACAGAGUUUAUGAAUCGAAAGUUCCAAACGUUUUUGAAGAAACAUAACAUCGAGUUUUUCACGACGCAAAACGAGACCAAGGCAUCGAUUGUCGAAAGGUUUAAUCGUACGCUCAAGACGAGAAUGUGGAAAUAUAUUUUACAGCGAAGAACAUGCUCAAGUACGUGGACAUUCUUCAGAAACUGGUAAAAUCGUAUAGUCAUUCGAGACAUCGUAGUAUUGGUAUGAGGCCCGUUGAUGUAAAUGAAGACAACGAGAGCAUUGUGUGGCAAAAUCUUUAUGGAGCAGAGUCCGACAAACCCGUUCAGUUUAAGUAUAGUAUUGGCGACCAAGUACGAAUCAGCAAAGCAAGGAGCACAUUUAAGAAAGAUACUUGCCCAAUUGGACCGAAGAAGUGUUUACGAAAACUAAACGUGUUCUUCGACGACCACCCGUGUACAAGAUCGCAGAUUUUAAUGACGAAGAAUUGGAAGGAACACUUUACGAACAAGAGGUUCAAAGAGUGAAUAAAGCAGACAGCGAUUUUUAUAGAGUCGAAGAAAUACUUAGAUCACGCAUGCGUAAUAAACGUAAAGAAUAUUUUGUAAAAUGGCUGGGCUACCCCGAUAAAUUUAAUUCUUGGGUACCAGCAGAGAGUGUAAAAGAUAUUAAAUAAAUGUAUUUGAAACUUAUCAGUUGUGUUCAUUUGUGUGUUGGUCUUCAAUAUGGCAACACAGUUUUAUCAGCUCACGCUACCGCGUAAUAGUUCAUUAGCUUAUUUUCCAAAUAGUAGGGUAGCGAAUUUUAGAGUAAAAGUGGCCGAAACCAUUGUAUUUCCAGGACAAUGGGAAGUCGCAUUGACGGAAAUGCAUUACCCACAUACGUGGAGCACGUUAAAACGAGGAGUGCAACAAACGUUUUUGUAUAAAAUUGGCAAUAGCCCUUAUCAAACUGUUGUGUUUAAAGAAACACAAUAUUCUUCUAUCGACCAACUAACAAAAGCACUCAAUGCCGGGAUGUCAAAAGAAACACAAACGAAAGUGAAGUUUAAUUAUAAUCACAGUUCUCGCAAAGUUUUGGUCAUGUAAAACACGGCACAACUGUGUGGUUUACCGGAGAAUUAGCAACGGUCUUGGGAUUUGACCAGGACACUCUUGUUGAAAAGAAAACUUUGAGCCCUUAUGCUGCAGAUAUCAAUGGUGGAUUUUCUUCCAUGUAUGUCUACACUGAUAUCGUUGAUGCACAGUUUGUGGGCGAUGUGAAAGUUCCUUUACUACGAAUCGUUAAUAUCGAAGGGGAAUAUGGAAACACCGUACACGCCAGUUUUCGUAAUUUGCAAUACGUGCCGGUCAAAGUAUAUUCUUUUGAGACCAUUCAAGUCAAUAUAAAGAAUGACCAAAACGAAAACGUUUCAUUUGAGUUCGGGAAGUCAAUCGCAACACUUCACUUUAGACAGAAGAGAUCUCAGUACAUUAUCUAAAAACUGCGCAGAAGACCAGUUGUAGACGAAAAACUAUUGAAAGAUCAUUUCUUGAGACAGCAGCGUGGUGGGAAUGUCGCUGGGUUUCAUGGUGCACGUAUGCAAAGGGGAUAUGGGAUCCGAAGUAUUUUCAAGAGCCUUGCGAGAUAUUCUAUCCAUCUAUUCAAACAAGGAGCUAAAGUUGUUGGCAAAAAAGCAUUACAAGCAGCCACAGAAGUUGGUCAAAAUGUACUCCAAGGAAAAAAUGUAAAAGAAUCUUUUAAAUCACGAGGAAAACAAGCAGCAUCUGAUGUUGCAAAAAAUGCUGCCAAGAAAGUAAUGACCGGAAAGGGUCGCAAAAAGGGUAUAAAAAGAGCUGCGUCAGCUAAAACUCCCAUUCACGGUCCAACCAAGGAGCAGAAAACACUUCGCGAUAGCUAUAAUCCAAAGUGGCAUGGCUCAAGUCGCUGAAACAAUGCAUAAAGACUCCUGUAUGUGCUGAAAAUCUAAAAUUGAUUUAUUUUUGUUCCACCGACUCAAGUGGUAAUGGAAAAAAGAUUUUGGGAUGAUAUUGAUCCGAUUACAAGUAUAUCUUCUUCAGAUACGAUAGAAUUUUUAUGUGCUGCAAAUUCUGGAGUUUAUACUGACUUAGCAAGCAGUUACCUAUACGUUAAAGCAAAGAUCACUACCGCAGCCGGAGGUAAUGUGGGUGCAGACAUUGAAGUUGGACCUUCAAACCUUUGGAAGCAUGCUUUGUUCUCACAAGUUGAAGUAUUUCUGAAUAACAAACUGGUCACCGCAUCAAGCACAGCCUACCCUUACCGAGCGUAUAUCGAAACGAUCCUGAACUUUAGUAAAGACGCCAAAGACUCACAUUUGACCUCGGCACUAUUCUAUAAAGAUAAAGCUGGAAAGAUGGAUGUAGUAAACCCUCUCGCACAAGAUGCCAACGUCAACACGGGGUUAAAACAACGCCAUGCAUAUACAUGUGAAAGUAAAUCUGUCGCCAUGGUAGGAAGAAUUCAUUCUGAUCUAUUCGCGCAAGACCAUUACAUUCUUGGUGCUGUUCCAAUCAAGAUCAAGCUGGUGAGAUCUAAAAAUCCGUUUUGUCUGGUAUCAUCCGCAGAAAAUCUAAUUUCAAAGUAGUCAUCGAAGAAUGCUUGUUUCGUGUACGACGAGUUAACGUAGCCCCUAGUAUUAUACUGACUCAUUCCCAGCUCCUUCAACAAACCACUGGCAAAUACCCAAUCAACAGGAUCGACUGUAAGGUCGUCUCCGUACCUCGGGGGAACAUGUCUGGAAAUCAACCUUAUAUAUUUCACGAUGCUUUAUCAAAUCGUAUUGUGAUUGGAAUGGUCGACGCAGAUGGCCUUAACGGUACAUAUACGAAGAAUCCGUUCAAUUUCAAAAAUUACGAUAUUACAACCAUGGGUCUCACUAUCAACGGAGAGAACUUACCUGGAAAACCACUACAGUUGAAAUUUGGAGCAGAAAGUUACUACAUUUCUGCUUUUCAAACCCUGUACGCGGGUACAGACAAGAUUUUUGAAAAUCCGGGCAAUGGUAUAACUCGUGAAGAAUAUGCAAACGGUUAUACGCUGUUUGUGUUUGACCUCACGCCAGACCUAUGCAUUGGUGAUCAUGUACAAGACGGAGUCAUACAAAAUAAAUUGAUCAUUGGACUGCACGACACGUUCAACAGCAGCCAGGAAACGUUCUGAGGUUCGCGUUGUAGGAAAAGCAAGGAAAUAGUUUUGUCCAGCUGAUUCGAGUUGAGGAUCAAGCGAACUUGAUCGUGAGAUGCCAUGUCACUCGUGAGUCGGUCAAAUAAGUGUUCAAAUGCGCGGUUUAACGUCGACAUGACGUUUGACACCCCGUGCACGACCAACGGAUUGAAUUGAACAGUAUAAUCUGCACUGACCUAAAAAACCGUAAUACACUAUUGUACUAACCACGUAAUAGCAAUCAAAAAGACUCAAAAUUUCAUGAAAAUGUCCUCUAAUAGCUAUCACUAAUUGAACAUACAGCAACAACACUUGAGAACCAGAGAACACUUGCCAAAAUGCAACAGUGAGAAAUGAAAUGUGUGUUCGAAACACGAUAUCUAUAAUCUCUGAUAACUAUGUUUGCGAUGUUACUCUGAGUGCAUAUCCACACCGGGCGAGCUUGAAAAAUAUGCCCGGCCACGGUGGGAUAUUUUUCAAGGCAUAUUUUUCAAGCUCGUCCAGUGUGGAUAUGCACUCAGAGUAACAUCGCAAACAUAUUAUUCACCUGAGUACACAACACCAACACAGAAAAAAACUCUGAUAACUAAUUUGUUUUUGGUCGCGUUACUGUGUUGUGCCGCUAAUUGAUUGCGUUACUGUAUUGUUAUGCUAAUUGAUCGCGUUGCCUGUCACAUUAGGCCCAGGCUUGCCCGCGUUAACUGUCACAUUUGGUCCAGGCUUGCCCGAGUGACGUCAUAUAUUUUGCAAGCUCCUUCCUUCACUACUAAUAUGCUAUAUGUUUCCUUAAUUUAACAAUUAUAUGUUUGAUGUUUCAUUACCAUAAGUUUAUCCAUUUUUCAUGUAUCUGAAAGAAUUAAAUUCGACGAAGGUCGAACGUAAUAUUUAAUUCGACUGGGUUGGUCGCAUAAAUCCCCGUGCAGACGAGCAAAUUUUUCUUGACAAGUUUACUUUAUCGCGUGAACGCUCAACAAGUUUUUCUUGACAAAUUUUGUUGGUCGUGUGCAUAGAAUACCUUUAUCUCACCUCAAAGUCGCCUUUUGUUUGCCAAAACCAUAGCAUUAUUUUUGUAAACUUGUUAAGCUUUUCUUUGUUAUGGCCGUACACACGCGCCAUCACAUUUUACUUCACCAAGGAAACAACACCGUGGAAUUGGAAACUGUAGACGGUCCGUAGAUGCCAGCUCAUGUUUUGGCCGAGGUGGAUAUCAGGGGCAGUUGGACGAAGGUCGGACAGCGCAAUCCAAUAGAUAGUGAUUUUUGAAACUUUUAAAAAAAUCCUGGAAAGCUGUAACACUAGAAAGUACGAAUCUGUAUUGCAACAUAAUUCUAAAACAGUAUAAUUUCUAAAAUUUUGACUUCAAUCAGCAGCAUUAUACCGUGUAUGCAUGGAUCAUAAAAAACACAGGAUAGGAAACUCAUGAUCACGCAUGAUGUUUUCAGAUUGCUGUUUGCGUCUCGGCCUUUUUGAAGAUUAUGACAUCACUAAAUUCAAAAUAAUUCUACGUUUAGCAAUAAUACAAUUGAGAAUUUUGUCAAAAAAACGUACGAAUAUACAACCAUGCCACUCUACGAUAGAAUAUCUAAAAUGUUAUUGGUCAUUUUCAGGGAACAUAUUAUAUCUUUUGCAUUCUAAUGAGCCCAAUUUGGCAAAAUAUUAAGUCGAGACUUCAAUAUUGGGCGAAAGCGAAGGUCGAGCCUAAUAUUGAAGUCGAGACUUUGCCAUAUUGGGCGAAGAUGAAUCCGAUAAGAGUUUUAUUAUAUCGACUAAAACAAUUCUAUAACAAAAAAUUGUCAAUAAGUAAGGCCCGUUUCAUACGUCGUACUUCACAUGUGCCGAAUACAUUAAAGACAAUAGAUAAUGAGCUGAAAUGCCUCAUUAUCUAUUGUUUGUAAUGUAUUCGGCACAUGUGAAGUACGGCGUAUGAAACGGGCCUAAUACAGCGAGAAUACAGCGACAACAUUAGCCUACAACUACAUAUAUCGGCGGCGAAUUUGCUUAAAUAACUAAACAUAAAGUUAAUAAACUCGUUUUUACAAAUAUGUGUGCAUAAAUAAACUCAAUUCCAUGUAUGUUUAAUGGAAUUUGAUUUAAUUUUGACAAAAAAAAUAAUAUUACUAACCUCGAGGCUGUUGCAAACAAAUGAAUUUCGCGACGAGUUUUUCCGCGCUUUUAUAAUUUUGAACAAAACUGGUAGAAAAAACUAUAUUAAUUAAUGUCCCAAAUUCUUUUCAUUAGUCUGCCCUAUCUCUUGUCGUAUGUUUGAAAUUGACAAAACUUCUGAAAAUGGUUGAAAACCAUGCAAAUAGCGACGAUUCGUAACUGUCUAAUAGGUUCCUGUCCAAUGUCGUAAAAUAUUGGAUCGGCAGGUGACCUUCUCAACGAUUACUGAUUGGUUUAGUGCGCGUGAGUGUAUAAUAACAAGCAUUAGAUGGUAAAAUACUCGUCAGAAAUUCCACUAAUCCAUUAUAUCCACAGUAUUUUUUGCGACGCCAAUUUCUUAAUUAAUUACGAAAGUAAGAAACUGAAACAAAGACGAACAGUCUACCUCGAAUACUUUAUCGUGGCACGUACAGGCAGGUUUAAUAUUUUAAAAGACAAUGAAACCACUUCGAAUCUCAAUAUACAUGUUUGAAUGCGAAAAAUAUAGCAAAAUCGAAGAAAAACGCGGUAAAUUUUACUAUAUUCGUCCUACUCGUGAUAUAGCAAAUUUAAAAUAGCAAUUAGGCUGCGUGUACGUUCUUUUCUAACUAUUUAUAGUUAUACUGAUCAACAGCAAAUUUUUGAAAAUUUGAAAAAAAUAUUUUACGGCCUACGCCCAACCGUCCCUGAUUAGUAUAUUACUUAAUCUGUGACAGAGUCAAAUGGUGUCUAUUAUGUUUCAGGUUCAAGUCGAUCAAUAUCAUCUUUUCCAGAAUACUUUGAAUAUUUUCAGAGAGAUAUUUUGGAAGAAAUUAACUCGAUUGGGAAGACGUGCUACAGACAGUACCAGGUAGUUCCACUUUACAGAUAGAAUAUUUAUUUGCAGGGCAUGCAGUGGUCCCGGUGACUAUAAAAUUUAUCUCACACAUGCAUGCAGAUGUUUUCACCGAUCAUGGAUAUUUUAAGUCAGCCACAAAACACUUAGCCUGUGUUACAGAUAUAGAAAUUAUAUAUAUAUAUAUAUAUAUAUAUAUAUAUAUAUAUAUAUAUAUAUAUAUAUAUAUAUAUAUAUAUAUAUAUAUAUAUAUACUUGAAACUGUAUGACGCUUUUACUACAUUCAUAGUAAAAGCGUCAUACAGUUUCAAGUUUUGUUAUUAUUUUGGCGCAGUUUUUAAAAUGUUUAAUUUCAACUGUAAAUAACUACUAUGCAGUGAUUGUGAACUGUCAGAAUUGCAUUGUUGUUUAGACAUUUAUUACAUUUUUGUCAUAUUAAUUUGACAAGACAGGCGCAGUUUUAUUAAAAAUUUGAAUAUUUUAUUGAUUCGCAUAACUGGAGAAUGAUUUAAUUUUUGAUGAAACAAGCAAUCGCGCCAAUUUGAAAGUUUAGCCAAUUUGAGAUAUAGGAAGGUUUGUGACACAUGUACAAUACGCUCAUACCUCGCGACUUCCACAGCAGCACCUGCAGCCAAAUUAGCAGCUCUAGCCAAAUUCAAGAUGGCUGCUGCAAGUGGUUAAACAAAAUUUCGUUUACUUGGUCAUUUGCUUCCUUGGGGGAGGGGGUUAUAACUCCAAAUUUUCGUUCUUUUCUUGCUCAGUGAACUUCCAAUAUACCCAAUUUUUUUUAUCAAUUGUGCAUUUUCAGGUAAAUCGUUUUUAAUAAUAGUUGUUAUUAAAAAUGGUUUAAUUAAUUAAGCAAUAUUAACAAUUUACACGAACAAUAUCUUUCUUAAAAAUUACGCAUACACAACGGUGUUGUAGUGCACUGGAACACUGGCUUUAACACUGAGAAUUUUGUUUAAGAUUGCACAGUUACUUAACCGAGUUUCCAAAGAACUUUUUUUCUUGUCGUAACUCCAGCAAUGUAACCCUCAAUGGAGCAUCUUGUUGUUACAUAUGUCGGGAGGGCUUUCCAUUCUUGUAUCCCAAAAUGACCUUACAAGGGUAAGGGUUAGAAAUAGGGUAAAUAUUAAUAUCACGAUCAUAUUUAAAAUGGAAGAUUCCAUUUGUCAGAAAUUUCAUCUUUUAUGUAAUGUUUAUUUUUCUGCAGGUCGUCAUUUUCGUAUCUCCAAAUCAAUGCAUUUUAUAACCCUCAAUCAAACGGAAUGAGUAAGCCAAACUUUCAAAUCCUGUUAAUACUUUUAUUUUCUUCCCAUCCUUCCUUCUUUUCUUCACCAUUUUUUUCCUUGCGCCUUUCUUUCUUUUAUCUUUUUUAUCUUUUUAUUUCUUUUAUCUUUUUUUUUCUUUUAUCUUUUUUUAUCUUUUAAAUUUUUUUUUUCUUUUAUUUAUUUAUUUAUUUAUUUAUUUAUUUAUUUAAUGAAUUUAUUUAGCAAUCUACAUACAUACUAUAUAUCAGGUACAAAGAUAAAUACUUGACAAACGAAAGACCAAACACACGUCACAGAUCACAAAUGAGUAGAUACACUCAAACGGAAAGCACAAACGGGACACUAAAAGUCCCAUGCGAGGUGCUCCGCGUAAUUAGUUUAGAUAUACUUAACUGAAAAAAACACACAUAUAUAUUACGUACUGUUUAAAUUAAUAAACGAUCAGGAGUGUUUUAUUAAGUUUAAAGCCACGAGCGCGCAGUGCGAGUGGCUUUAAACUUAAUAAAACACGACUUGCGAGUUUAUUAAACGGCUUCAAACACGACUACAAAUUCAGUAGUGCCUUAUUAUAAUUCUUUAUAUAAAAGAUACUAAUGAAGACACAACUGCAAUGGAUACUGCCUUAUUAGUAUUCUGUAUAUAAUGAAUACUAAUUAGGAGUGUUUUAUCAGGUUUAAAGCCACUGCACGUGACAUAUUAUGGUUGACAUGAUUUGCCAAUAAGUUUAUGAAUUAUUAAUGAGUUUUUGAAUUGUCGUAUUAAGUCCUAUGGCAAGGACAGUCACGAGUUAAUGACCUGCACGUACAAGCCAUGUCUACGUCAUAAACAUUACUAAUUAAUGUAUAGUAUCUAUACGUUUAAGAUAGUGUUUAAACGAGUUUGGUUACAGAAAAUGUCAGGUGAGACUUCUUGGCACACUGUGUUCCAAAUAUUUACAACACGAUUGUAGUAUGAAGACUGAAAAGUGUUAGUUUUACAGAGUUUACUUUGAAGGAUAUAUCCUGACGUAUGGCUCAGUCUAGUACGACCAUGACUCACAAACGACCCAUAGUUAUCGAUAUUGACGUCAAUGUAACUAAAUAAUGAUUCGAAGAAAUACACCAAGUCUCUGACUUUUCGAUCAUAGGUCUUUCCCUCACGCCUUAGAGUAGUUUCCCUGUCCUUUAUACUUACUGUACAUGUUGCCAUCUACUAACCACUUGUAUGAGUUGUAUCCACCUACCGAUACCUACCUACCUACCUACCUUAUACCUUCUUUGAAAGGUGACUCCAUACCUACCCACCUUUACUUCCUAACCUUUCUUCUUUUGUUUAUUUUCUUCUAUUUCCAGUAGUUUUCAUGAGUAUGAAUUGAUUCACCUUUUUGCUUAUUUUGCAGCCAUCUUAGCAGGAAUACUACAACCACCUUUCUACAAAGGCGACAGACUUAAGUAAUAAUUUUUUGUGUAUUUUCCUUUCUUUAUUGUACCUUUUCGGCUUUUAAAUCGGACUGCUGUUACAGCUACUCAUUUUGUUCAUUUCAGAGCGUUGAAUUAUGGUUCCCUUGGUAUGGUCGUGGGCCAUGAAAUCACGCAUGGCUUUGACAAGCUAGGUAAAUACAUUGGGUGGAUAGGGAAAUACCAAAUAUGAUGCAGUUUUCUUAUAAUUUAUCAACUUAUAGGCAUACUUUCUGGAUGCAGAUGGAUUCGUAUUCUUGAGAUUGAUAAAACUAGCAAUCUUUACCAAAUGAUCUUGUCAGUAAUAGUAUAGUAACAAUUUUCUGUAGAUGUCUGAAGAUGAUAAAUAAAAAAGUAGUGG